AUGCCCGCUUUUCACCUCUCUCUUCACUACUCUUUCUCUUUCUUUUCACCUCUCUCCCUCUUUCCCCUUCACUCUUUCUUUUCACUUCUCUCUUUCCACCUCUCUCUCUUUCCACCUCUCUCUCUUUCCACCUCUCUCUUUUCCCACCUCUCUUUCCACCACUCUCUCUCUCCAUAUCUCUCUCUUUCCACCUCCCUCGCUCUUUUUCCACAUCCCUGCCUCUUUUCAUUUCUCUCUUUCCACCUCGAUUUCGUUAAAGUGGGCACGCCCAACAAAGCAAAAUACGCUCUCUCUCUCUCUCUCUCUCUCUCUCUUUUGCCCUCUCGUUCUCAUUUUCUUUCUUCUCCCUAUCUCUCCCUUUUUACUCUCACUCUUCUACAAAUUGGCACAUGUAGUCAAAUUCUCAAUCUCGUACCUGUCUCCUUUCCCAAUUGCACUUUCUCGCUCUCUCUUUCCCUUGGCACAUUGAGGCCAUUGCCAAGCACACUCUGUUUGCUUUCCUUCCAUUUUUAUUCUUACAGGCUGACACUUACUCGGCUUCUCUCUCUCUCUAUAUAUAUAUAUAUCUGGCUUAGUACAAAAGGAAGACAUUUCUAUCGUAAGUGA